CCAGCUUUUAUUGUCGUGUUAACCUUGGCAAUUACAAAGAUGAAAGGAUAUGGAACUAAACAUUUUUGUUGGUUAUCAGUUGACAAUGGACUUAUUUGGGCAUUUGUAGGGCCAGCUUUAAUCAUUAUUCUGACAAAUGCUGUGCUUCUUGGCUUUGUUAUAAGAGCCGUAUUAAACGUGAAAAAGAUCAGACAAAAACAAACCCAUUCUAAAAUUGUAGCAGGAAUUCGUUGCCUCUGUAUUUUACUUCCAUUGCUUGGAUGUACGUGGGUUAUUGGUAUUUUCUAUGUGAACGAAUCUACAUCAUGGAUCCAAUAUUUGUUUUCUUUUUGUAAUGGAUGUCAGGGUGUCGUAAUUUUUAUUUUCCACUGCGCACUCAAUAAACAGAUAACGAAUGCAUACGAAAAGAAGCGAAGAAAGUCUACAUCUUUUAUGAACUUAAACCGUAGUUCAAAGCCAAAGAAGACAAAGUAUUUGUCAACAUCAGCCUUGAAUCUUGUCAACAGUGACACUGGCAUAAAUAGCUCACGUUUAUCAGACAACGACAUUGCAAGCAACGGAAGAAACUUGGCUAACAUUACAGAAAUGAAAAGAUUUGAACCUAUCAAGGCUUUAGGUGAAGAGAAACCCAUUUCCCAUGAAAUGUAAUAGAUGUACACAGUGAUAAAGUUCAAAUGUUUGGAGCUCUUUGCUGAAAUAGAAUUAUUUUAUGACUAUUUUUCUCUGAUGUGUUGUACUACGCUUUUCAGGAUCAUUGCAAGUUGCAUAGUGUUCUUUUGUGGAUAAAAAAUGCAUAUUCUUUAGAUUUCUUUUAAAUGUAUUCCAAGAUAUCUAAAUAAAUCAAAGUGUUUGUAAAUGUAAACAUCAAGAUAAAAUUAGAAUUAUGUUACUUUAAACUGUUUUGCUUGUAUUACAUUUUUGUUUUGUAUUAUUAUAUGUUUUGUAUUGAUAAAAUUUUAAGACUAUCUUGAAAACUUAAAUUUUAUGUCUCUCUUCUCAUACAAUUUCUUUUAUAAUUAAGUUUAUGGAUUUUUCAGUGGAUGUGCCCAGUU